AUGUCGUUCUCGUAUAGUGAUCCGAUGCGUCCGCUGGCGUUGCAGCGGUCCCACUCGUUGCCGCAGUUGCUGAGCUCACGGGAAGACUCCGGCGUGGCACUGAGUGCGAGCGGUUCGUGUGGUGGGCUAAACAACUUUGGCUACGGCUCGGAUGGUUCGUGGACGAGACGGCACCGGCACCACCAUCAUCACCAUUACCACCACCACCACCGCUACCGGCAGCCGGACCUAAAGAUUCCGUACGGGGCACGGCUGGUGGCCGACCUCCGGCAGCUGAUCACGCUGAAGCAGCACUACUACCCGGAAGGCGGCUGGGGCUGGCUCGUCACCUACAUUGGCAUCGUCAUCCAUUGUAUCGCCCACGGGCUGCAGCUGUCGGCGGGUGUGCUGCUCCUGCAGACUGCCAACUUCUUUCCCCAUGUGACCGUGGCUGCAGGUGAGUGUCUGUGCCGGACGGAGCACGAAGAUUAG